AUGGCGUCAAUGUUCCGACCUCCGGACUCUGCAAGGGGUAAUUCUAGAUCACCUAAGCUCUCUUUGCCACCCUCCCUAAAGUACAACUCCAGUGAAGCACCUUCACAGUCAGGUUCGGGGCUCACACCCGCGAUCAACACCCCAUGUUCCUCCUCAUCUUCACAGACCCUGGUCUUCCCUCCGCCAGAAAAGCUGUCUUCUUCUUCGUCGUCCUCCAUAACAACACUCAAAAAGAGGCCUGUGCCGCCACCAAUCCCCAGCUUAGUGAUCCCAAAAAGCGCAGGCGCUGGGACCCCCGACCGAAGCCCCUUUGCGGACUCCUUCGAAAAGUUGCGGAUAGACAACUCUGAAAUAAGUGGGAGCGCAAGCGCGUCACCUUCUGCUGUGUCACCAGCCCCUCCCAACCCGAUCGCAGACGUUCACGAACUGGGCGAGGAAACUUGGCAAUCUGGCAUUGUCAAGGAUCACGUCGUGACAAUGGGUAUUUUGGGAGAAGGGGCUGGAGGAUCUGUGACGAAGUGUAGACUAAAGUACGGGACUAAGGUGUUUGCCCUGAAAACAAUCACAACAGUGAACUCAGACGCAGAAACGCAGAAACAGGUACUUCGGGAGCUCCAGUUUAAUAGAACAUGCAAAUCUGAGUACAUUGUACGCUACUACGGAAUGUUUGCAGAUGGAUCUAGCUCCUCAAUCUACAUCGCCAUGGAAUAUAUGGGCGGAAAGUCUCUUCACGCCAUUUACAAGCACCUUCUGGACAGGGGUGGCAGAAUAAGCGAAAAAGUUCUUGGAAAAGUUGCCGAAAGCGUCCUCAAGGGGCUUUCUUAUCUUCAAGAACGCAAGAUUAUACACAGAGACAUUAAACCACAGAACAUCCUUCUAAAUGAAGUUGGUCAAGUUAAAUUGUGCGAUUUUGGCGUUAGCGGCGAGGCAGUCAACUCACUAGCUACUACAUUUACGGGAACAUCUUUCUACAUGGCCCCGGAAAGGAUACAAGGUCAGCCCUAUAGUGUGACCAGUGACGUGUGGUCCUUGGGGCUCACACUUCUUGAGGUCGCCCAGGGCCAAUUUCCCUUUGGCUCUGACAAGAUGGCAGCUAACAUGCCACCCAUAGAACUGCUCAUGCUGAUUCUAACAUUUACGCCCGAACUAAACGAUAUACCGGAAUCCAAUGUAACAUGGAGCAAGUCCUUUAAGUCCUUCAUUCAGUAUUGUCUUAACAAGGAACCUCGCGAAAGGCCUUCUCCCAGACAAAUGCUGCGACAUCCCUGGAUUCAGGGGCAUAUGAAGAAGCCUUGCAACAUGCAUAAAUUUAUAACUAAGUGUUGGGAGGAAUAG